UUGGUUGCAUCUCCGUGACGUCACGCAUGCAUUCCCAAGGUCACGGGGUUUGGGAGUGACGUGAGAAGGAGAGGUGGGAGCGAAAUGUCUGGACCAAACGGGGAUCCGGUGGUGCCGCUGGGAGAGGCGACAGGAGAUGAAGAUUACGCAGCCUUGGACUUUAUGUUGGAUCAGAUCAAUUUCUGCCUGGAUCACUUAGAGGAGAAAAAUGACCAAUUGCAUGCACAGCUUCAGGAGUUGCUGGAAUCCAACCGCCAGGCCCGGAGGGACUUCCAAAUGCAGAUACAUCAGGAUCUGACAAACAGUCCAGACGGGGAGCAUUCAGACACGUAACCCACCACCCCGAGCACAAAGGACAUCCAAGACGUGGCCAGACUUUCUAGCACAGUGACCACUCUGUAGUCUCUAUAAGGUAUUCAGAUCCCACACAAUAAGAGGCACCAGUGCCCGGUCCCUAUUGGGAAUAUUGCAUUAUUUUAUUUGACACAGUGGGGCGGAGUAAAAAAAAAAAAAAACUAAAGAAUUACAAGUUUAAAAAAGAAACUGUGUUUUGGGCUGUUGUAUGAUUGAGCAUGCAAAGCAGCCUGUGCUGUCACUGUUGUAGGAAACUGAUCUCCUCCUCGCAUCUUUAUCCCCUUAGGUUCCCCUUUAAAAGGGAAAGACGUACAACUUACACUUGUUAAAAUGUUGUCUCUGAUGUUGUUUCAGUACUAAAUAUAGCAGCCAAGCGCUAAGUGAUAGCAAGAGGCCUCAGCAAUCAAUUUAUUUAUGUUAGUCGUGGAACUUGACCGUUAAAAAAAAGACAACCCAUUCCUGUUCUUUGAAACAUAGCAAUGCACUAAUGGGCAGAAUUGGACCAAUUGCAGUUGCACAUGAUUAUGUUAGUACUGUGUAAUUGUGAGCAGUGCCCCCAGGGCGGCGCUGUGUUAUUUUCUUUCCAGGGAAUUAUAAGAAUAAAGAUCCCUGAAUAAAAA